AUGGCGAGUGGUUUUACUCUGAAGGAAGGUAAUCAUAUUGCAAAUGUCAAUGGCAGCGGUGGUGAAAGUAGUAGUGAGAGUCCAAUGACUACUGGCUCCUCUAACGCGCCGCCAUUGCAUUCUACUCUUCUGGAUCAAGGCCCGUCGGACAACGGCAAGUCGACGGUGAGAAAAAGGGCAGCGUCGGAGAUGGAGCUUCAAGCAGGAAACGGCGGCGCCGACUACCAUAAUAGGUUUCUCCGCCGUACAGCAACAUCGCCGCUGGGUGAUUUUGGGGUAUGCUCUUUUAUGGGUGGUGGUGAUCUUAAUAGUCCUAAUCAACUACUACGUUCAACCCACGUAGCCAACCACUCCACUAUGAUGACGAUGUUACCAUCUUCCACGAAUUUGACGUCAGGAAAAUCUGGAUCUGGUUCCGAACCUGCCAUUUCUCCUCCAAACCUAAAUUACCAUCAUCUUCAACAUCAACAAGCACAACAAUCCCAAAUUCAAACGCCUACGUCUACACCUUCUGUAUGUGUUUUCUCCGGCUUGCCUUUGUUCCCUCCUGAUAAAGCCGAGAACCACGGUUUGCAGCUUUCUCCAUCCCCCGGUGCCGUGCUUUUACCGAUUAAUACUGCUGCAUCAACCGGUGCAGUUGCAAUUUCCAUGGAGGAGGGUGCAGCAGCGACGGCAUGGAUCGACGGCAUAAUAAAAGAUCUUAUUCACAGCUCAAAUAAUGUCUCUAUACCUCAACUAAUACUCAACGUAAGAGAGAUUAUACACCCUUGCAACCCUAAUCUAGCAGCCGUUCUUGAAUACAGGCUUCGUUCUCUUACUGGUACUGAAUCCUUUACGAAUUACCCCGGAAGGAGGAAGGAAGCAUUGCCGCCGGUGAGUUUACAAAGACAUGACCAGCCUGGGCAAGGGCAGGUAGGGACUUCUGGGCUCGGGUUGUAUAUGGAUGAAAAUUUGUUCAACCAUAGCCUUUCUGAAUCCAUGAAUCAACAUUUGAGUAGGCCAGUUGUAACACUACCUGCGACGGCGAAUGCUGCCGGGAUUGGGAACAGCCAUUACCUUCGAAGCAACCCUAGUGCAGUAACGUCAAUCCCUACUAGUGCUUCUUUUUCUGUUCCUGCAACUAUUGUUACUAAUUCGAAUAAUCAAGCGCACCAGUCUCCUCAGCCAGAAACCCAUCCCGAGCAGCAACAACAGAGUCAGUCUGAGGCGGCGGCGACACCAACAACGUCCCCUUCGACAACCGCAGUGGAAGCAAUCAGGGAGAGGAAAGAAGAAAUGCGACAGAAACAAAGAGACGAAGAAGGCUUACACCUCUUGUCCUUACUCCUCCAGUGUGCAGAGGCUGUAUCUGCUGAAAACAUGGAGGAAGCAAAUAAAAUGCUGUUAGAAAUCUCUGAACUGGCAACACCAUUUGGCACUUCAGCUCAACGUGUAGCCGCAUAUUUCUCCGAGGCAAUGUCGGCGAGGAUAGUAAACUCGUGCUUGGGAAUAUACGCAGCGCUGCCAAUGGUACCGCAUAGCCAGAAAAUGGCGUCGGCCUUCCAAGUGUUUAACGGGAUCAGCCCUUUUGUGAAGUUUUCUCAUUUCACGGCGAACCAGGCCAUUCAAGAAGCAUUUGAGAGGGAGAAUAGAGUGCACAUUAUAGACCUUGACAUAAUGCAAGGCCUACAAUGGCCGGGACUCUUCCACAUACUGGCGUCGCGGCCUGGUGGACCUCCAUUUGUUCGCCUCACCGGGCUGGGCACUUCUAUGGAGGCCCUUGAGGCCACUGGCAAACGGUUGUCUGAUUUUGCAGAGAAAUUGGGAUUACCAUUUGAGUUUUCACCUGUAGCUGAUAAAAUUGGAAACUUAAACCCGCAAAGGUUGAGCGUAAGCGAGACGGAGGCUGUUGCCGUUCACCUGUUGCAGCAUUCUCUCUACGAUGUCACUGGUUCAGACACCAAUGCUCUUUGGCUCUUGCAAAGAUUAAAUCCAAAAGUGGUGACAGUUGUUGAGCAAGAUUUGAGCCAUGCUGGUUCAUUCUUGGGAAGAUUUGUGGAGGCCAUACAUUACUACUCAGCCUUGUUUGACUCAUUGGGAGCUUGCUAUGGAGAAGAGAGUGAGGAAAGACACAUAGUGGAGCAGCAACUUUUAUCAAGAGAGAUAAGAAAUGUGUUGGCUGUGGGUGGUCCUUCAAGAAGUGGGGAUGUGAAAUUCAACAACUGGAGAGAAAAGCUUCAGCAAUCAGGUUUCAAAGGUGUAUCUUUGGGUGGCAAUGCCGCGGCACAAGCUACUCUUUUACUGGGAAUGUUCCCUUCUGAUGGUUACACCCUGGUGGAGGACAAUGGCGCCUUGAAACUUGGAUGGAGAGAUCUAUGCUUGCUAACUGCCUCGGCGUGGCGGCCCUGCUCCCACCAGUUUCCGACCUCCAUCCACUAG